GUAAUAAAAAUGGCGAUACUUGUGUAUAGCUAUAGAUUUUGUUAAAAUUGUAAUUAUUUACUUGAGUGUGUAAAAUAUUAACAUUUCUAAGUAUAAUUAAAAAAAAGAGUGGUACCGUUUGUAUAGUGUGUAUUAACGUUGUUUAUAGGGAAUAAAAAUAUGGAAGUCGAAAAGAAAUCUGAUGAAAAUGCCGGUGACAAAAUUGAUAAAUUAAUUUUUACUGAAUUAUCAAAUUCAGAAACGAGUGAAAAGGAAAGUGAACCCACCCGUAAUAAAGAUGAGGCGGCUGAAUCGCCUGUUAAAAAGGUAGAUGAAUCCAAUAAAAAUAAACCUGAUAACAAGGUUGUUCCCAAACCUUCCCCUAAGAAAACUAAAACUAAAGAGGAUUCAGACAAAUUAAAAUUAUUAGUUGCCGAUGAUGACGAUGACGAUGAUGUCCCUGGAGAUUUUUUCGAUGAUUUUUUAAAAGAAGAUUUUAUGGCUGGAUUGGAUAUAGUAGAUGAUGAUGAUUGGGAUGAAGAAAAAAGUAAAAAGAUGCAGGAAUCCAGAUUGAAGAAUAAGAAAGAGAAAUCUACUGAAAUAGACGUACCUCAAAAUAAAAACUUAACUGUUAAAGAUAAUAAAGUAAAAUCACAGGAGUUGAGAAGAGAUCCAGAAAAAACUAAAAGAGCCAUAGAAAUGGAUAAAGCAAAACAAAAAAAGGAUAGGGAAACUAAAAUAUUAUCAGAGAAAGUUAAGUUGUCUCAGACAGGGUUAGUGCCACCAGGAAUGGAGAUGGAAAUGGACAUACCUGAAAUUAAAAAAGAUUCACCAUUGCAGAAGAAGAAAGAAGAAAUAUCUCGGAAACUUUCACAAGAAAAAUUAUUUGUGAAAUCUACAUCAAUAAAUAGUUCUUCCUCAAAGGAUGGAAAUUUGUCACAGAAAAAGUUACAAAGAACUCAUGGAUUUGUAGGGCAUUCCAAGUCUAAAAGUCCAAAUCAUGCACCUAGAAGUCCAAAAAAUAUAUCUAAAACUCGAUUAGUAAAUCGAAGACGAUCUAGAAGUCCUAGAAAAAGAUCUAGAAGUCCAAGAAAAAGAUCUAGAAGUCCUAGACCCUUUUAUACAGCUAGAAGUAAUAGGCGUAGAUCUAUCAGUCCUCUAUAUAGAGGUGGUAAAAGAACAGAAAGAAAUAGAAACAGUAGGAGUCGUAGUCGUGAAUUUAGAAAACAUAGACGAUCUAGAUCUCCAAUAAGGAAACAUUUAGAAAAGAAAUCAUUUUUACAAGAAAUUGCUGAAAAACUAAAUGAAACUAGGCCUGUUAAUAUAGUAUACCAGACUCCUUUACCAACAGUAUAUCCUCAUGUAGCAAACUCAAUUGUGCCUGUAGAAACAGGUAAAUCUCAAGUGGCAUUUUCUCAAGUUACACCUGCUCCAGUUGUGUACCCUCAAGUCACAUCUCAACUGUCUACUCAAUAUCCUACUCCAGUUAGGUAUGAGAGGUAUGAUCAAAGUUUCUUUAUUGGUGAACCUGAGAUUCCUUCAAAUGUUGCCAAUUCAUUUAACAUACCUAUGAUGAAUACUCCACCAGCAGCUAACAAUAUUCAGGUGCCACAAAUGGGGAAUAAUUUUCUGGAUCCUAACCCAACAAAACCUCAAGAAUCAAGUAAUAAUCACGAUAACAUGCAAAAACUUUUUGAAGAUAAGAAAAUUUCUUUGACUGAUUUUCUGGCGAUUACUGCAAAACCUGAAGUUUACGCUGCCAGUCCUGAAUAUUUGAAAGAGAAAAUAAAAGUAAUAAGACGUUGUCAAGACGCCAUUGAGUAUCUGGAACAAAGAGAAAAUAAAUUUUCUGGGCCGUUAUUGAUCCAAAGGAAACCCAAGCCAAACUACAAUCCCGAACAGUUUCAAUCUCCUUUGAAGAAGAGUGUUCAAUUGAAGAUUCCAUUCACAGAAGUUCCUACACCUGCAAAUCAAAAAAAUGCGUUUGGUGAAUAUAUACAAAAACUUCUGGAUCAACUAGGACUGACUGAGGAAGUAAUUGUUAUUGAUGAUCAUAUCUCAGAUGGUGAAGCUAGUAUUAAAAACAAAUCCUCUCCUCCUCCAGCUCCUAUAGUUUCCCCUCAAAAACCAAAACCAGUUGAGGUAACAAAAUCAAAUAGCUAUGUUAAAAAUCGUCUGCAAAAACUAAUCCAAACUGAUCCUUAUGUAUGUAAAUCUUGUGAUGAACGGAAAAGAAAACUAGUUAAAUCUGUUGGUGUACAGUGCCCACCUACAUCCUUUUCCUUUUCUGUUAGUACACAAGUUAGAGAAGAAGAUUUUUAUGAUGCAAUUCCUAAAAACCAGUCAUUGGCUUCGUUAACUCCUGCUCAGUUAUUGGGAAGAUCUUCUGGAAGGGGUCCCGAAUUGGAUAUUAUGCCACCUAGACCUGUACCAUACCCUUAUUUUGAUACAAGGAAUAUCCGGGAUCAUAAUGAUGGUAGAUUUAAUUAUUUUUAAGAAUUUUUGUAUUAUACAUUUCUUAUUAUGUUUAAGACAUGAAAAUCUGUACAAAAUAAGCAGUAUGUAGUUCCAAUUUUUAUCUGGUACAAUGUAAUUGGAUGUAAUUUCACUUCUGAAUAUAUGUUAAAUAACU